UAUCUUGCCCGAGCCACCCCGCCAGGCUAAAGAUCUACACUGCCAUGCAAGCCUGCGGCGUCCAAACACCCCAUCCAGGCCCCGGGUGGAGUUGGUCCAUCCUUGCUUUCUGCCCUGCUGCCUCUCGUGCGCCUCUUUCUUGCACAUCCGCUGCAACCAGCCCUAACGCGCCUCUGCUGAUCUCUGGCGGCCAUGCAGACAUCACGAUCCAGCACGUCGUGCGGCACCGUCAUGCUAGCUUUGUGUUGGGGAUGAACCGCUGUGCCGUCUCUGCGCUCUUCCGUGCGUCUCACGCCCCUUCACCGCUCCACGCGGGAUAAUGCCGCAGCCAUUCGUGGAAUUUUACUUUAGCCCUUCCAUCGCGUGGUUCGGAGAUGCUAGCGUGGGCCCGUACGCACAACGGUCGAUCGCUUUAGGACAUCUCCUCGCGCGCUGCCACCCUCGCAGGCGAGAUUGGGUGGCCGUUGUUAUCUGCCGCACGCGUGCAUGCUCGACGACGAUGAUCGUGCUGGCAUCUGCGCUCUUCUGCCUGCGGGUCUGCAUGGGAUUGCCGAUCAUACCGCUCCCACGCCAUUGGGUGCGCGCGCCGCACCUGGUCCUUGGCCCCAUCCAGUCCCGGAGUUUGCAUCCUGCCGAUCAUCCACACGACCCAGUCCUCCCGACUCUGUCCACCGCACGGCUCCCAGGGCACAAGCCCAGCGCCCUCCUCGGCCUUCACAUCCAGUCCCCGAGGCCUCCCCCAACGCCCUCUCGCUCUGCAAUGUGCACCGCCCAAGUCUCAAUGAUCCCUUCUCCAUCCGGCGAGGGUAACCACGUUUCUUUGCCAUCCGCUCCUCAAGCCUGGCCGCGCCACCCACACCGUUCCCGCGUUUCGUAAGUGCCAAAUUAUCCGAGCGUAACAAGGCCGCCACGAGGCCAAGGGUCCCCACACGCCGGAAGAAGAUCAAACAUGGUUGCAUACGGCCCGUCAUCGAAUCUUAACACCGCCUCAAUUAUG